AUUUCCUUUAAACAAUACUUUUGAAACACAGAUAAAAUUACUUCCUGUCUCUGAGUUUCCUGUAUCCAUGGCAACCUCUGUUUUACACAUUGACUGUGGAGGAACCAAUGUGAAGAGUGGUGUUUCCUGAGCAAACUGUGACUUGAAAAAAAAAAAAAAAGGGUGGAGGUCAACAGUGCCACAGAAAGAAAUGGAGUUUAGACAUGUCGCUCUUCAGCUUUAGAAAGAAAACGUUUACUUGAAUCAGCUGACGGUUAAUAAUAUGAAUUUCCUGUUCUUGCCAAUUCUGAUAUGAACAGAAAAACCAAGAACAGGGCUAUGUGUGGAUUACGUUUUUCUCUGCCUUGCCUACGACUGUUUCUACUUGUUACCUGUUGUCUUGUAUUAUUAUUCCGUAAAGAGAUACUUGGAUGUUCGUCUGUUUGCCAGCUCUGCAGUGGGAGACAAGUUACCUGCCGUAACUUAGGCCUUUCAAGUAUUCCUAAGAAUUUUCCUGAAAGUACAGUUUUUCUGUAUCUGACUGGAAAUAAUAUAUCUCAUAUAAAUGAAAGUGAAUUAACAGGACUUCAUUCUCUUGUAGCAUUGUAUUUGGAUAAUUCUCGCAUUGUGUAUGUAUAUCCAAAAGCUUUUGUUCAGUUGAGGCAUCUAUAUUUUUUAUAUCUAAAUAAUAACUUUAUAAAACGCUUGGAUCCUGGAAUCUUUGAGGGACUUUCCAAUCUUCGUAAUUUAUAUUUACAGUCUAAUCAAGUAUCUUUUGUUCCAAGAGGAGUGUUUAAUGAUCUAGUUUCAGUUCAGUACUUAAAUCUACAAAGGAAUCGCCUCACUGUCCUCGGGAGUGGUACCUUUGUUGGUAUGAUUGCUCUUCGGAUACUUGAUUUAUCAAACAAUAAAAUUUUGAGGAUAUCAGACUCGGGCUUUCAACAUCUUGGAAACCUGGAUUGUUUGUAUCUAGAAGGUAAUAAUUUAACAAAAGUGCCUUCAAAUGCUUUUGAAGUACUUAAGAGUCUUAAAAGACUUUCUUUGUCUCAUAACCAUAUUGAAGCAAUACAGCCCUUUGCAUUUAAAGGACUUGUCAACUUGGAGUAUCUCAUCCUGAAAAAUUCAAGAAUUAAAAAUAUUACUAGGGACGGGUUUAGUGGAAUUAAUAAUCUUAAACAUUUGAUCUUAAGUCAUAAUAAUUUAGAAAAUUUAAAUUCUGAUACAUUUAGCUUGUUAAAGAAUUUACUUUACCUUAAGUUAGAUAGAAACAGAAUAAUCAGCAUUGAUGAUGAUACAUUUGAAAACAUGGGAGCAUCUUUGAAGAUUCUUAAUCUAUCAUUUAAUAAUCUUACAGACUUACACCCAAGGGUCCUUAAGCCAUUGUCUUCAUUGACUCAUCUUCAGGCGAAUUCUAAUCCUUGGGAAUGUAACUGCAAACUAUUGGGCCUUCGCGACUGGCUAGCAUCUUCAGCCAUUACUCUAAACAUCUAUUGUCAGAAUCCCCCAUCCAUGCGUGGCAGAGCAUUGCAUUAUAUUAAGUGGACUGACUUGACAAAUUGCAUUACUUCUUCAACAAAUGUAUCCAGAGCCUGGGCUAUAAAAUCUCUUCAUAUUCAUCACAAGACCACUGCGUUAAUGAUGGCCUGGCAUAAAGUAACCACAAAUGGGAAACAUUUGGAAAAUACUGAGAGCGUUACUUUCUGGGAACGAAUUCGUACUUCACCUGCCAGUAGAUUUUUUCAAGAGAAUACCUUUGGUAAUCCAUUAGAGACUACUGCAGUGUUACCUGUGCAAAUACAGCUUACUUCUUCUGUUGACUUGAACUUGGGAAAAAACAGUGCUCUACCGAUUGAUGCUGCUUCAGUAUCAGGGAAAACAUCUCUAAUUUGUGCACAAGAAGUUGAAAAGUUGAAUGAGGCUUUUGACAUUCUGCUAGCUUUUUUCAUUUUAGCUUGUGUUUUAAUCAUUUUUUUGAUCUACAAAGUUGUUCAAUUGAAACAAAAACUAAAGACACCAGAAAACUCAGGGGAAAAUAGACUUGAAUACUACAGCUUUUAUCAGUCAGCAAGGUAUAAUGUAACUACCUCAAUUUGUAAUACUUCCCCAAAUUCUCUAGAAAGCCCUGGUUUGGAACAGAUUCGACUUCAGAAACAGAUUGUUCCUGAAGGUGAGGCACAGGUCAUUCUCUUUGAGCAUUCUGCUUUAUAAUUCAACUAAAUAUUGGCUAUAAGAAAACCUCAGUGCCAUGGACAUGAAUAAAACUGAAGCCUCCUUAUAGAAUUAUAAACUUUAUUUGGAAAUAUAAUGAAUUAUAUGAGCUUAGCAUUAAUAAAUAUGUUUUUAAUAUUUUUUGAAUACUGUAUUCAUUCAGCAAAUAUUUUGUUUGAUAGGCACUGUAUUAAGUAAUAAUAAUAGCUGUCAUUUCUGUGUACUAGGCACUAUGCUAAAUACUUCACAUAUCACAUUUAAUCCUUAAAAAGCCUUGUAGGGUGGUACUGUCUACAUUUGAUAGGUAAGGAAGACUAGGCAGAGUGAUUUUAAGAAACUGUCCCAAAUUUUCACAGCUUGUGACACUUUUUAGGUCUGUCUGACUCCAGAGCCCAUGUUUUUAAUUUCAUGCUAUACUGCUGCCUAGGUGCUAGGGUUAUAAUUGUGAAUAACAUAAACAUGGUUCCUAUUCUCAGUAGAUCUUGAAAUCUAGAGGGGGAGACAUAUGGUUACUGUAGACUAUGGUAAGUACUGCACUUGGAGGUGCUGUUGGGUAUAACGUAUGUGGAGGUGAGAGAGAGCUUUAUGAGAAAAGCAACAUUGAAACUGAAUUGGGGGGCCAGCCCGGUGGCACAAGCGGUUAAGUGCGCGCGCACUGCUGUGGCGGCCCAGGGUUCACCAGUUCGGAUCCCGGGCGCACACCGACUCGCCACUUGUCGGGCCAUGCUGUGGCAGUAUCCCAUAUAAAGUGGAGGAAGAUGGGCAUGGAUGUUAGGCCAGGGCCAGUCUUCCUCAGCAAAAAAAGAGGAGGAUUGGCAGAUGUUAGCACAGGGCUGAUCUUCCUCACAAAAAAAAAAAAAGAAGAAAGAAACUAAAUCGUGAUGGAUAAAUAGAAAUUAGCCCAAUGAAGAGAGCUGAGUAAUAGAUAGAGGUAACAUCAUAUGAGAAGGGUUGAAGAAAGAGAAAGAAUGCUGCUUUUCAGGAACUGGAGUUGUGAGAUUUGUAGCUAGAGAGAGAUCAGAUGAUGAAAGAUAUUUCAUGUUUUCUGGCAGCAGGGAGCCAUGGAAGGAUUGUAAGUAAUGGAGUGACAUAAUAAAAUUUACCCUUUAGAAAGUACACUCUUUCUGGAGGAGCAACAAGAGUAGAGGCAGGAUUUGUUGGGUAGGAAUCUGAAUCACUAAUCCAGGGGAGAGAUGCUGGAGGCCUGGGCCAGGGUAGUGGCAGAGAGGAUGGACGGAUUCUAGAGCUACUUUGAAAGUAAGAGAAAUUGCCUUGGUGAUUGGCUGAAUGGUGGCAGGUGAGGGAGAAGUCAAAGAUGUUAGAUUUUGGCUUAGGCAGCUUUGUGCUGCAUACACUGAGCAA